AUGGUCCCAACUUUGCUUGUGCUUGUGGUUGUCGGUUUUUUCAUUUUACAUAUAUACGGUUGCUCACUUGUUAUACUCGUUUCACUUUUUUCUGUUUUGGUUGAUAACAGUAACAUUUUGUUAUAUCUAUGUGUGAAAAGGUCUCGCUUUCUAUUGUCCCGACGAGUUAGCCAUACCCUUACUCCACCGGACGCCAUCGUCUCGUAUCUGGCUGAGGCUGGAUUCGGCGACACAGUGCCCCUCAGGGACUUCACAUUUGACAAUUCCCUGAUUUCGGCACUCGUGGAGCGAUGGCGUCCGGAGACACACACGUUUCAUCUCUCGUGGGGUGAGGUCACUAUCACCCUGCAGGACGUGGCGUAUCACCUAGGCCUACGUGCACACGGGAACCCCGUUGGGGGGUGCCUUCAUGACUUUGGUAGGUGGUACGGCACAGAGACGUGGGCCAUGGUUGAGCAACUGCUUGGUGUCAGGCCUCCGGUGGCGGCACAGCAGGCUGUGCAGAGGAAGGAGUCGUUCACGCUAAAGUUGGUUUGGUUGCGUGAUCGUGUCCGCCAGAUACCCCCGACCGACAAUCCUGAGACCCUCCGACAGUAUGCCCGAUGCUAUAUUAUGUUACUGAUCGGAGGGUAUUUGUUGACAGACAAGUCCAACAACCUGGUUCACUGGGGUGUCACGGACAUCGCCGGUUGCACUCCGCUACUGAUGAGUUGGAUUUACCAGAGAUUUCCUCAGUGGUGUCCACCAGAUAGAGGAGUCUACCAGUAUCCGCUAGCUGCAAGGUUAGUUGGACUGCAGCAGCAGAGUAGGGAUCAGCACCAGGCCAGGGUCCUGUACUGGAGGGUAUCGAUCGACUGGUUACGGUUCGAUGAGAUUAGUCAUGUAAUUAAAGAUUUUUGUUAUUUUAAAUACUUGCUGUGUUGUAAUACUUGUUAUUUUGUUACCCAAAUUUUUGUUCAGUUUGCAUGGAGGGUAUACGAUGACCCUGCGUUGCAGGCCCUGUGCCCGCACUGGUUCCGUGAGGAGGAGGAGUGGGGUACAUGGUUGUCGGCUGUUCCACUGGUGUGCUUCAACAUUGUCCGGUUUCACCACGUUGAUCGGGUGAAUCAGCAGUUCAACAGGGAGCAGCCAGUGCCAGGCAUUCCGGUGAACCUUGAUAGGUAUCUGACCACCACUGGUCAUGGUGAGGAUGUCUGGUGGCCGGAGCGACUCCAGGAGUGGUACGACGGUUGGAGGCAGAGGUUCGAGCCCGGUCGCAGGAUUAUCGUCCACCAUACGUUUGACACUAGGCCUACCAGUAAGUACUACGAUUGGUGGCAUGGGGCUUGCCGUGUGAGGCAUCUAUCGGGGCAGGAGGUUUUGGAGGACCCCAGGCUGGUAGAGUUGCCCCCCGACGUCCAGCCCACUGCUAGCCAGCCGAGAGACGAUCUGACUCUUCCGAGGGGCAUGCCGGAUUGGAGGAGACGUGCGAGGGAGGUUAGAGAGGCCACUCACUGACCUGCUAGGAGGGAGCGGGGGCAGAGAGAGCGUGGACCAGGUGAGCCCAUCAGGAGGGAGAGGGCCAGGCCUCAACGGGCUAGGGGUGACGCAGAGUCGAAGGAGGUGGCGGAGUUCGACCGUCAGGAGGAUGAGGGAGACGUACCAGUACACAGUGUCGCUUCACCUACAGGAUCGACUCCUCCACCUCCUCCCCCUCCCUCGGGGCAAGGAGCGUGUCAUUCAUCCGGUUCCGGUGGGCAGCAGUCUCGACCAGCUUGGGAUACUCGUCCUGCACAUAGGUCGAGUGUACGGAAGGACCACCGCCACCGUGUCGGCGUGUCCCACCUCUGCAGAAAGCUCCUUACUUGCUCCACCAUGAUCCUCCCAUGGAUGUUGGGAUAAACAAGCACAACUAUGUAUGGACUACUGGCUAUUAAUGUCUUGUAUUUGUGAGAAAUAAGAGACACAAAAAGGAUAGAAAAAGAUUAUGAAGAA